GGCUGCUACUAUUACUUUAUAUCAUCUGAGAGAGAGCGAACUCAUGGGAAAAGCACUCUCGGACAAUUAGGUACUGGCUCCUCUCAGAAAUGGCCAUGGUCAACCGAGCCCAAGAAACUAUUGUUCGAGACAAGGUGCACGCGCUAACAUGUAAGCUUAGAACGUCCCGGCGAUGGGUGUUAGUCCAGUCACUUGCCAAAGACAUGGCUGGGCACAGUCGAAGCAGGUGCCUCGAGAAUCUUGCUUGUAAUCUCACUCGGAAUCUCAACGCCCACCAAGAUGAUCUCGAGUUUCGUACUCUACCUACCUUAUUUCACUUGCAGACCAGUUGGCUCCUAGAACCACCCCCGUGGUCACUAGAACAAGACAUCUUGGGAUCUUCAACAGCAAUCCUGAAUAGCGCCAACACCGCAUCGAAUCGACAAGACUCGGCAACGAUCACUGGUAGAUGCAACCGUGGGGUUAUGGAGCAUGGCGUGCUUGUCACUGGAAAGCCGGUCGUCUUCUGUCAAGUUUUUGGUCCAUCCUCUUGCACGUUAGCGGCCCUCGUGAUAUGCACGCAAUUCGCCGGUGACGCGCAGGAAUCUGGCCAGCAUCUUCCCAUCCAGAUACGCCAAGAUCAAUGGCUGUUGAAGGGGCCCGGCUACGGGCGGUACAUGCAGAGAGCCAAUCGCACAAUCAAAAGGCAACAAAAGUGUCUUUGCAUAGGAGGCCUUCCAGGUAAGCGGGGAUGUUGCUCGCGGGGAUGUUGCCCGCGGGGUUGUGACUGCCUCUACCCCUCUGCGGGCGGGACGACGUCAUCGGCCGUCGCAACCUUCCACGUACCGCAGCGACAUGCCUCAACUCACAUGUAAGCCACCAGCAGAGAUAGUUUAUAAACAGACCAUUGCCCUACUCUUGCUUGCUCCUGCUUUGACUACUCAUCACAAUACCGAUUCAUCAA